AUGAGAUAUGAAGUUGAACUAGCCCGGGACAACUACGGUAAGACAAAGAAGAGGAAGUGAGAAAAGCAGCUGUCCCAGACCCCCGCCCAGCAGCAAGCCCAGGAGGCAGAAGGUGCUCUGGCCUCCAAAAGGAAGAAGCCAUGUGUCCCGUACCUGCCCCCUGAGAAGCCCUGUGACAGCCCUGCCUCCUCCCACGGCAGCAUGCUGGACUCCCCGGCCACCCCCUCAGCGGCCUUGGCCUCCCCGGCUGCCCCGGCCGCCACCCGCUCGGAGCAAGCCCAGCGCCUCUCCCUCACCACCAAGCCAGAGACCCGGGCCCAGCUGGCUCUCCACUCGGCUGCCUUCCUGUCAGCGAAGGCUGCCGCCACCUCCUCUGGCCAGAUGGGCAGCCAGCCCCCCGUCCUGUCCCGGCCCCUCCCCCCGGGGUCCGUGCCCACAGCUCUGCUGAUCCCCCCUUCCUUCCCAGCCACGCUCCAUGCCCACCAGGCCCUCCCCGUGCUCCAGGCCCAGCCUCUUUCCUUGGUCACCAAGUCUGCCCACUAA